AUGGCCUCACCGUCUGGCUUCGCUCACUACCCCGAGCCGAUCGAGGGCCCGGAUGUGCCGUAUGCGCCCAUUCCGAAUCAUAACCCCGUCCUCAGAGGGCUUCCCCUCGUCGCCGCCUCCCAGCUCGUCUCCUGGUCCGGAACCCUCCAGCGUUUCUUCUGGAAAAAUGCCGGCUUCGGCUCCAUCAAGGACAUGGCCGUGCUCGACGACGUCACCUACACCUUCCAACCCGUCGUGACGCCGCUCGGUGCCACCGGACCGAUGCUGGCCUUUGGGCCGGAGCUGCUCGAGUCCAAGCACGCCGAUGCAAAGGGCCGCUACUACACGGCCAGCGACUACCACGAAAUGUACAAGUCCGGUCGGGUCACGCCCCUGCAGGUCGCCGAGGUCCUGCUGCCCCUGACCAAGGCGAACAAGGAGAAGCCGGGCAAGUACGAGGACGCGUGGGCCGACUCGCACGGCAAGGACCAUCUGGCCCUCAAAGCCGCCAGGGCAUCGACGGAGCGCUACGCCGCAGGCAAGCACCUCGGCGUGCUCGACGGCGUGCCCGUCGGCGUCAAGGACGACGUCGAUGUCGAGGGCUACGUCAAUCACUUUGGCCUCCAGUACAACCCCUCGAUCCCGUGGUUCAAGGAGCAGGAGGAGUCGGCCUGGCCGGUGAAGACGCUGCAGGACGCCGGCGCCGUCGUCAUCGGAAAGCUGCGCAUGCACGAGAUGGGAUCGGACACCAACGGCCUGAAUGUGUACCAGGGCACGCCGACGAACCACCUCAACAACGCCUACUACCCCGGCGGCUCCUCCUCCGGUCCGGCCUCGGCCGUUUCCGCCGGCCUCAUCCCCAUCACCGUCGGCACCGACGCCGGCGGCUCCAUCCGCAUCCCCGCCAACUUCAACGGCAUCUACGGUCUCAAGACGAGCCAGCACCGCACCAUUGCCAUGAACAGCACCAUGUGCGUCACCGGCCCCAUCGCCGCCACCGUCGCCGACCUCACCAUCGCCUACCGCGUCAUGUCCCAGCCCGACCCCGACUGCCCGACCCAGAGCCUCUUCGCGCUGUCGAUUCCGCCGGCACCCUCGGCGAACAAGGUCAUGGGCGUCUUUCGGGAUUGGUGGAAGCAGGCCGACCCCAAGGUGGCCGAGGCAUGCAACCGGGCCGUCGACUGGUUCGCCGAGAAGCGCGGCUAUGACGUCGUCGACAUCUCCAUCCCCUACCUGCCCGAGGCCCAGCUCGCUCACGGCUCCGUCUGCGUCGUCGAGCUGACCGAGUCGGCGAGGCGUCGCACGCCGAACCCGGCCAACUGGCUCUCCCUCGUCGGCCCGGCGAACAAGGUGCUCCUCUCGGUCGGCAAGCAGACGCCGGCCGUCGACUUCCUCAAGUACAACUCGCUGCGCACCCUGCUCAUGCAGCACCUCGCCUACCUCUUCCAGAAAUACCCGGGCCUGCUGAUCAUGACGCCGACGACGCCCCUCAUCGGCUGGCCGCGGACGCCCGGCGACGAGUCGUACGGGCUGAGCGACGCCAACACGACCUUCCGCAACAUGAUGUACAUCUUCCUUUCCAACAUGACGGGGACGCCGUCGCUGUCGGCACCCGUCGGCUACGUCGACCCUCUGCAGGGCGAGGGCAAGCUAUGCGUUUCCCUCAUGGCCACGGCCGAGUGGGGCGCCGAGGAGCAGCUGCUCAGCUGGGCCGGCGAGACGGAAGAGUAUCUGCAUACCGUGUACCCCGACGGUCGCCGGAGGCCGGACUCGUGGCUCGACGUCCCGGCGUUGGCGACGCAGGAGAAAAAAGACAAGUAG